AUGUGGUCUACAUCAAAAAGUGAAGCUGCAAAGAGAUUUGCUCCUAUUUUGGAGAAGGAAACAGCAAGGACAAGGGACAUGCAAUGGCAUGAACAGAGGUUUGCUCCUAUUCUGGAGAGGGAAACAGAGAAGACAAGGAACAUGGAAUGGCUUCGUUACGGAACCAGACUCGAGCAAAUAACAACAUCGAUAACUGGAUUCGAGCUUAGUGAUGAAGAAGCCGAUGAGUUCAAAGCAAAGAUGUCGGAAGAAACCUCUCAACAACUAAGCCGCGACUCGGUGUGCCGAAUCCAUGCAUUGGACGUGAGAACUGAUCAGUGGUGCAACGUGACGGUUAUUGAGAAAUCUGAAGACAAGUUGAUCUUGGACUGGACCAAUUGCACCGGUUGUGAAGUGGGGAAGACGGUUGAUUUUGAUUUCAAGAAUAGUUUCUGGAAGGAUAAUUAUUACACUGGCUCUGAUGUUGUCUUCUAUGCAAUUAGUUAG